AUGGCAGCUGUUAGUUUUAUUUUCUCAGAUAAAACGAUAUCACAUUUGAAGUCACUGGAGAAAUUGGAAAUAGAUGUUCCUGCAAUGUAUCAAAAACGUGAUAUAUUUGGUGAAGGAUAUAAAUAUUUAGUUCAUCUUAGUUCUCUAAACGUAGGCACAUGUAAUGAUUUACUCAUCAAUGCACACAUUUUCGAGUAUAUGCCACUUUUAACACGUAUUUCAUUUGACGAAAAGUGUAAGAUUCAUAUCACACCUGGUGGACACCAAAGUUUGAAAAACAUCAGAGAAUUUUACGUUCAUCGUUUAGUUGACACGCUACUUCCAUAUCUUAAUAACUUUACAAAUGAAUUGAGGCUGACUCCAGUCGAAACAUUGUCAUUUCAAAACACCUUUGCAGAGGGUUUUGAAGACCGUUACUAUCCAUGGAAUCCGAUAAGCAGAAAUUUACAGAACUCGUCUUUAAAAUACCUGCUGAUGACUGAAAAUAAACUUGGAGAAAGUUUUCCUGUAUACAAACUCGAUCCUCCUCCUUCAAGUUUACAAGUGGUGAAUCUUUCCAGCAAUAAAAUCGAAAAGUUUGCAUUAGAUUUAGGGAAUAUUCGAAAUCUCAGUCUACAAAAUAACCAUCUAGGAGGAUUUCUUAGUACUCAUAGUUAUAAACUGUCGAAAGAAUCUAGCAGUAUUGAGUACAUAGAUUUAUCAGCGAAUAGUAUUGAAAUGCUUACAUUUAUAGUAUUCAAGGGCCAACCAAAUUUAAAAUAUAUCAAUCUGAGUCAUAACAAGUUACAAAAGGUUACUUUUGAUGUUUCUCGACUGAAAAGUCUUCGAUAUUUAGAUUUAUCAACAAACAAUUUUACGACAUUAGACAAGAAAGCAAUGGCAUUAUUCGACGAUCUGUCUAAAAAGACGUUCUUUACUAUCGAUUUACGAAAUAAUGCAUUACAAUGUACCUGCAUCACCUUGUCAUUUCUAAAGUGGAUUUCCAAAACAAGAGUUGAGUUGCUGCUAAAUGAUAAGUGUACUUUAAUAGAUGGCGCCAUUGUAAGUUUAAACCCGAUAGAUUCAAUAAUAAAACGACUACAGAAUGAGUGUAGUACAUAUACGUACUUAGCAAUUGCUUUGGCUAUAUUGUUGGUAGUUAUCUUAGCCAUUCUUGUAUUGGCUUUAGUGUAUAAGUACAGAUGGAAACUUCGAUACAUGUUUUACCUUGCCAAAAGUAAACACUACAAUUACAAGGCUUCCAUAGAUAACGGGGAAUACACUUACGAUGCUUUUAUAUCGUAUUGUGAUGAUGAUAGAGCAUUUGUAUUAAAAGAUUGCAUUGAAAAUUUAGAAACAGAAGGGAACGCUAAGUUAUGCGUGCACCAACGAGACUUCAUACCAGGCCAAGAGAUAACAGUCAACAUUACAAACGCUAUCCAUGACAGCAGAAAGACGGUUUGUAUAAUAACAAGAAAGUUUUUUGAGUCUUACUACUGUAUGUUUGAAUUCAACAUGGCCCGAAUGGAAAACAUUUAUUCUCGGGAUGGAAGAAAUGUCAUUUUCCUAGUAUUUCUGGAGCAAAUUCAACCUAAAGAAAUGCCACUUAUGAUGCUCGAACUUAUAGAGAAACAGUCUUACAUUGAAUAUCCCAAUGACGAAGAAGGGAAUAUUGUGUUCUGGGAAAAAAUCAAAGAAGCUAUUCAUUCAUGACAUUUGUUGCAAUAUCGAAUUCGUUCUCAAAAGAUUU